GUCAAAUCACUUUGUAUUGCUUGUGUUUCUAAAGGUUCUUAUAUAAAAACUAUUUUUGUUUUAGUGCUGGAUUAAAACAUUAAAAGCCCCCAUGGAGUCACAGCGGGAGAUGACAGAGAUGUACGAUAAUGCUCUGCUGGGAAUCCUGCAGCAUGUUGGAAACAUCCAGGACUUCCUUCAGAUCUACUUCAGGUUUUUGUAUCGCAAAACCGACUUUUAUCGCCUCCUGUCGAGUCCCAGAGACAAGAUGGGCUUCCCUCCUGGUGUAGCGGAAAUGAUGGUGCUCAAGACAUUUAAGGUGUUUGAAAAGCUGGCAGAGCAGGACAGAGAGAGACAGCUGGUCCAGAUACAAAAGAGAGCAGAGAGAGAGAGUAGACUUGUUCCUGCAGCAGUUCAGGAGCUGGAGGUCGUCUCUGAGAAGACAGAGGAGCUGAGCACAGAGGGAGCACAGAUGGAGAACAACAACUCCCCCCUGGAUGCUGGGGAUGUUUCAGUCCCUGCAGCCACAGAAGCCACCGUCUGCCCUCAGCCUGAUGCUGACAGCGGUGGCCGCAGUGAAGUUCCACGGCCGUCAGCUCAGGGAGACUCAGCAGAGGAGAGUCAGGAGAGAUUUCAGUCUGACCCUGACAGUUACAACGGCGCAGUGAGAGAAAACUACAGCUGGUCCCAGGACUACACUGAUGUGGAGGUCCACGUGUUUGUGCCCAAGACAGUGAUUAAAGGCUUUCAGGUUAGCGUCAGUCUGCAGACCAGCAGCAUUCAAGUGAGCAUGAGGGAUGGAGCCAUGGAAGAAAUACUGAUGAAGGGAGAAUUCACACACAAGAUCAACGCAGAGAACUCUCUGUGGAGCCUGGAACCUGGACGAUGUGUGAAUCUGUCACUGAACAAGGACUCAGAGGUUUGGUGGAGCGCGGUGCUGAAAGGGGAGAGGGAGAUCAAUGUGAACCGCAUCAACCGCGAGCGCUCCAUGGCAACAGUCGAUGAGGAGGAGCAUGCGGUGUUGGAGCGACUCACCUUUGAAAACCAUCAGAAGCUGCAAGGAAAACCACAGAGUCAUGAAAAGAAAGCGCAUGAGAUGCUGAAGAAGGGCUGGGACGCUGAAGGUUCACCUUUCAUCGGGCAGCAGUUUGACCCGUCCAUGUUUGACAUCCCACCCGGUGCAGUGCAGCUCUGAGACGCAGCCGCUGCUUCAGCAACAUGAACUGAAUCUGUGUUAUUAUUAAACAGAGAGGUUUGUCCUUGAAGCUGAAGCUGCUCACUCUGUCCAGGAUCUGAAACAUGAUAUGUGUUGCUGACUCUGUAGAGACCUGGAUCAUGAAAAUGAAUCAGUGUUUUCAUAAAACUGAUUGUAGUUUGCUCCUUUUUUUUGCUACCAAGCAUCAGUCAACACUAAAACCUUCUUUUUAAAACAUUACCUGUCAAAAAUUUACACAAAUUACAAAUUGUACAGCUUCCUGUUUGAUUUAGGAUGUUUCCAUUCUUUUUCUUCUCCUACGCUGCCCUCCACAGUCCUGAACCAGUUCAGAAUCAGAAUCCUGAGUUCUUCUGCCCCUCAAAGUCUGACCUCUGAUUUCAGGCGUAAUCGUCCAAAACAUCCCAAAAAUCUGAUAAACACAUCUGAUAAAAUAGAAAAUAUAUUUCACUUUUUAACAUAGUUAAAGGAGGAACUGUGUGUGAAUGAUGUGUGUGAUGUAUCUCAGACUAAGACACAAACAUGGACAAGUACAAUCAUUUCAUGUUGAAAAUUCUUCAGAACUAAACUGAAAAUCGCCGUACCAAGCCUUCAGAGCAGUCACUUCGCCACCACCAUGUUUGUUUUCCGAUGAAAUCACAUCUCGCAUUACAUUAGUGGAUUUUCCGUGACGCGGCGUGGACGGGCACUGUUAUUAGUUGAAUAUCUGACGUCUUUGUGACCUUUUACGCAGGAAGAAAGCGCAGGUAAGCUUGAAACUUUUAACAGUGUUUACAAACAAUUACAGAAAGCCUGAUAACUAUAAGAGUAUUUCAGAGUUCUUUGGUGGCAAUAACUGUCAAAAAUGUCAAAAUAGAGAUGAACAUUUGUAUGAAGUUUCCUUUGAAUAAUAGGAAGCUUUAACUUUUAAAAGGUGGAUAAACGGAUGUUUGUGGAGAACAGUGUGCUUCAUUCCCACUACUGACAUAUUUACAGUUUAUAAUAUGAAGGUUAUAUAAAGUAAGUUUUUUUUUACUUUUUGCUUGAAGAUACAAAGUUACUUACUAUUUAGCUGGUAGUCAGGGAAGAGGGAAUAAGACAAUUAUGAACAGUAAAAACUUUUUUUCCCACCACAAAAUUUGCACCUCAAAAUGCUGGAAAUAUUGUUUCAGAGUUGUUGUUAUUGCAUGAACAAUAAGAUAUCCGUA